UUAUUUACCACUGCACUGCCACUUUAUCUUAUAGUACAGAGCAUAUACUGUUUCCUUGUGAGAGAGAGAGAGAGAGAAUGGAGGUGAGUCGGCAUGGUCUGUUGGAGGAAUUGAUAGCUCCAUUAAACACCAAUGAGUUGUUCCCAAUUGGAUGGAUCUCUUCCACCUUUGAAUCCUCCUUAGCCGCUCCAGAUUUUCUACUCUCCUCAAAUUCUUCCCUUGAAGACGACGACGACGACUCCACCUUUGCAUGCCCUUUGGCAGAUAUCUUCAAGAAACCUCGUACGCCGCCGCCGCCGCCAGUGGAAGAAGUUCAUGGCAGAGAAGCCCGGCAGGUUCUUGUUACUGGGUUUGAAGGUGCUAAGGAAGAGAAGAAGAAGAAGAGGAAGAAGAAAGGUGCAGAAGGGCAACCUUCAAAGAAUCUAAUGGCGGAAAGGAGAAGAAGGAAGCGCCUUCACGACCGCCUUUCCAUGCUCAGAUCGAUCGUUCCCAAGAUCAGCAAGAUGGAUAGAACAUCUAUUGUUGCAGACGCCAUAGAUUACAUCAAAGAUCUCUUACAUAAAAUCAACCAACUCCGUGAAGUUAGUGAAAACCCAACCGGAUUUAAGCCGCCGCCUCAUGAACUUACAAACCCUACUUGCUCUCCUAAGUUUGAUGUAGAAAGGAGACAUGAAGAUACAAGAAUAGAGAUACGGUGUGCAACAAGGCCCGGACUGAUGCUGUCAACAGUUAGCACACUAGAAGCUAUAGGCCUUGACAUUCAACACUGUGUUACUGGCUGUUUCACUACUGAUUUCUCCUUUCAAGCUUCUUGCAUUGAGGCCAUGGAGCAUCCAACGGUUGUCCGUCGCCCCGAAGACAUAAAGCAAGUGUUAUUCAAGACUGCAGGCUACGGAGGAAUGAAGAUGCUUAUAUGAGAAAUAAUAAUAUAUGUCUGUGGAGUAUUCAUAUUCAUAUUCCCAGAGAUCAGAGUUUUAAGAAGCUAAGCAGUCUGCUUUUACAAGAAGUUUUCGGAUUUUCAAAGAAUAAUUUCACUGUUUUUUAGCCACUACAUACAUGUUUGUUUCACAGAUUGAUCCAAUCUGCACACUUUAUGGUUGUAUUCAUUUCAAGAUUUCCCUAUAAUUCAAACUGAGAUUGAAAGUUUUGAAA